AUGGGCAGCUGCCAGAUGCCGCGCACGACUCUCCGGAGGGAUGUCGAAGUGAUGGAUGUUUUCUCCUGCCAGCCGACGCGUUGUCCUGGCGCGUUCGAUAUCCAUGAGAAGCCCGAACGGUUCAUACAGGUGAUCGCCGGCUACACAAUGAUAAAUGACGAGGAACUGGGCUUGGACACCUUUACAGAGCUGGAUGGCGACAGUCGCUUGAUACGCAUUGAGCAGGACGAGGCUGCGGCUGGAAUCGCAGCCUUUCACCCGUCAACGGGCAAUCGUCUGCCGUGGGGCGUCUUGCUAUCUCACGAAGCCUCCGGACUCCGAGAAUUGGAGUUAUGUCGCGAAGUUUUCGUGGACGUCUGA